AUGCUCGAGCAUGUAGACGGGGACGAGGAUGGUGAGGGCAUCACUGAGCACUGCUUGGGCUGCGUGUGGUGCUUUGACGAGGUGGUGAGGUUUGUGAACAAGAACGCGAUUAUUUGUAUGGUGCUGAACUCCAGCAGUUACUUCAACUCCGCCAGCGAGGCCGUGCGGGCUCUCGGCAAGGCGAACCCAGAGACCGCCUACCUGAACGGGUCCAGCGGCAGCCUUCACAGCAUCGGGAUGUUGGCAGCUGGCUGCCUCUCCGGAUACUUAGCGCUGCUGACCGUGCAGGACGAGCUCCCUCCGCUGGAGUGGUAA